AUGGCUGAAGGCCAGCAGCUGGCUAUAGCCCAGGACGGCACCACCACGCUCAUCACUCGGUGUCAUGCCAGGUCCCACCUCUUCCCACAUCCCUUAUCCCCCCUUCCCUCCCCAUCCUCCCUCCCUCUGCAGGCCAUAGCGCAGGACAACAGCAGCACGCUCAUCAUUCGAGACGGCCACUAUGGCUUCGAACCAUGCCGGGGGAAGCGCAGCAACUGGCCCAACCUGCGAGUCGACUACAUCGCAUCCAACGAGUCGGCCAUCCUCUUCCGCCCCGAGCUGAGGGAACUAGCAGCCAACAUGUCUCAAUCUAUGAAUGCGGGGGAUUACGAUGCCGUGCGAGUGAGGAGAGGAGACAAGCUCAACACUGAAAUGUGGCCGCACGUGGCAAACGACACGAGCCCUCCCUCGUAA